UUAUAUUAAAUGGUAUUAGCUACUACAAAUCUAGGUUUUCGAUGUAUUAUAUUUGUUAACAGUUUAUUCACAUGCUUUCCUAAGCAUGUAAUAACUUAUUUGAAAACAAUCAUUUCUGAGAGGAAUGUAAGCACUUAACAAAUCGUGUAAAAUCCCGACACAACAAAAGAGGUGCAGUUACAAUUACUUGCAUGGUUAGUAUGUAAUAUUUUAAACACAAUUCAUACAUAUUCCAAAAAAUAUAUAAUACUUUCGAAUAGCACAUAACAUUUAGUGCUCGUCUUAGUAGAGGCGCUCGCUUUAGAAAUGCGUCCCCACUACCCAUCUCGCUAAUUCUAAGACGCAAUUACCGGUGCAGUGAAAACGCACCUUCUUCUGUAAAACCUGCUCGGCAGGUCGGAUCAGUCGAAUAAGCAGAGCAAAGCUGCCCAUGAUGAUGCGUUGUCGAUCGCGAUAAGUGUCGAACCGAACAUGCAUUUCCACUCAUCAGCUUCAUCCCGGUGACGAAGUGAGCGAAAGAAAGUAAAUAGCUCCCUAACAGAUUACUUACCGUUAAUAAGUGCGCGUCCGCUUAUCGUCUCCCAGCUCCCCAAUCUCAUCAACAGGUCUUGCUACCUCGCUUCCGACAAAAACGGUUUUGAGAUUCCACUUUAAUCUCCCUUCAGGUAGCCGCGCUGUCACUUUUUUUCCGGCUGCUGCCUCUCGCAUCAAUCGGCAAACCCAUGGAAACUGCGCAAAGUACCGCGCGAACGCCGAAUGUAGCGUCACCUGGCAGACGCAUCGUUUGCCUUAUACAGUGCGUGUCUGUACCGGCACUCGGGGCAAGCAGCAUACGUACAAUUCCGGCAUUCUAUCGAUCGAUCUCGGGAAUCGAGUGGAAAACGUUCGCAUCCGUGCUGACAGUGUGUCGAAAAAAAAAAUAAAUCCAAAACAACAGCAACUAGAAAAGCCCCUAUCCCGAGAUGAGCGCCGAGGCGGUGGAGAAUUAACUGUAACUGGUCAUUUUCAUCCGCUCGAAAGAUGCGUCGAGCGGUGCGAAUGAUGAGGCAAACCCGUUUCGGAAAAGGGGGCCCGAGAGUCGGAUAGGAAAUGGAACAGCACUUCGCACACGCUCGCACGGUGACCGACUGCCGGGACCCAGAUUCGCGCAGGGACCGGAAGCAGGACGCACCAGCAGCGCGGUAUCCCAGCAGCGGGAGAAAAGAAAAGAGUUGUGCGGUGCUCCACGCACGUAAAGGAAAGUGAUCCAUAUUCUAACUCCUUCUGGUGUGCGCUGCGAAGACUGCUGUUUGAAAAUGCACCACCACCAGCACCACCGCCAUCCGGUCAGCCUGCAAAUUCCGCGGGCGGAAGGUUACAUCUUUGCAGCACGGGGGAGGCACGGUGCGGGAAAAAUUGCGGUACUGCCUAGUGGUGGAGUGGUUUUUCCACUUUCUUCCGAGCGGCGAUCGUUUGCCGCACCGGCGAGAACAAGACAUGCGGCUGGUAGAUGCUGCCAGCGCUCAGUUAUUGCUCAGCUUCGCGCGAGUUAAGAUCAACUGCGUUGUGCUGCGAGCGGUUCCGAGUUGCACCGAGCUGGCAGCGAAUUUAAAAGCCGAUACCAAAGGGUUUGCUGUACGGCGAGUGAAAUAGCAGAAGUGAAUUAAGCCAGCACAGCACGCCAUAUUGUACGCCAACCGCAACCCGCAAGCAUGGCAAGACGGUGCGCUUUUCUGCUGCUAACCGUAACGCUUUUGGCGCCAAUGCGCUGCGAAACGCGCAAAUACUUCCACAGUCGUUAUUCGAGCAGCAGCAGCAGCAGCAGCAGCAGCAGUAACGUGCACCGAUCAAGCAUCACCGAUGGGUACGACAGCACCAGCUCCAGAGCGAGCAGCAGUGCCGCGUACAUCAAAACGAUCCCGUUGCGACUGCUCAACUGCCUUCAGCACGUGUCGCUCCUGGAUUGUGGUAAGCUGUACCUUCUGCAGAACAUGGAAGCGCGCGCCUACCGUUUCCCAAACACCGGCAACCUCACGCACGACGUGCAGGACGUGCUGCUGCCCAGCUACCGGAGCGCGGACAAUCGGCUCUUCGCCGAGCGGCUGCUAGCGCUGAACGCAAGUGACGUCAACGAGCGGCUGGCGCGUGGUUUGCGCCUACUCUUCAACGAGCGCCUCAUCGAUCUGCAGCUGGUGCCGGGUGUGGCCGUACGCCUUACCCCGAGCGACACCAACCAGCUCGAGUUUUCCAUCCGCAAGGGCAUCACGGCGACUGGCGACGGUGGUGCUCCGGACGGUGCGGUCGGCCGCGACAAGGCCAAGAAGGGCAUCCGGACGGUGCUGCAGCUGGCCGUGCCGCUCGUGCUGCUGCCCUCGAUGCUGCUGGCCGGCGUGCUGCCGAUGGUGCUGCCCGUCCUCAAGUUUGCCACCAUCUUCUCGAGCAUCGUCAACCAUGCGGCGCUGGCCGCGGCCAUCAUGUACCUGGCGCGGCAGCACGCCGCCGAGCAGGAAAGCAAGCAGACGGUCUACUUUAACGCCGGCUACAACUAGGACGGCGCCCGUGGGCGUACGAGCACAAACUCCGAAACCAAAGAAGUGCUUCCCCACACAACGCUUCGCGACGACUCUUCGAAGAAGCUGAUAAGGCUGCUGGCUAGCUGCUGGCAGGACAAUGGGCGGGAAUGGAUCGAGACCCACCCAUGAUGGCGAGUGUGUGCUCGGUU